GCCGCGAGCUGCACCCAGCGACCCGAACCGUGCCGGGGACGGCCCACGGAGGCCCGCUCCUGGCGCCGCGCCUCAGGCACCAGCGGGAAGGCACCGCCACCCCUCGCGCCCCGCAGGAGUCCCGGCCCGGCCCGCUGAGGUCAGCGGUUCAAACCCGCUGUCGGCGACCGCCGCCGCUGAGGCCGUCGGGAAGCAGCGCGGCCCCGCAGUACGGUAACCGGGACGCGCUGGGCGGGGCUGCGCCUUCCCGCCCUCGGUUGCCACCUCCCGCGGCCGCCAUGGGUUGGGAGGAGAAGCAGGUCCGUGGGUACAGCGAGUUCGUACAGACGGCGCAGCGCUACCACGGCCGGCCUAUUUUCGCGCUCUUCUGCGGCGACAAGGAUGCCCAGGGCCAGAGCUGGUGCCCGGACUGCGUGACGGCUGAACCAGUUGUGAGGAAGGAGCUUCAUAACAUGCCUGAUGAAUCAGUGUUCAUCUACUGUCUUGUUGGAGACAGAGCCUACUGGAAAGAUCCUAACAAUGAAUUCAGGAAGAAUCUGAAACUAACAGGAGUGCCUACACUACUUAAAUACGGAACACCUCAGAAGUUGGUUGAAGAGGAAUGUUUUAAAGCAGAUCUUGUGCGUAUGUUGUUUACUGAAGACUAAAUCCUCCAGUAGUCAAUCAUUUAUGAAGAUGUUUAUCUUGUGUUGUCCUGUCGUGGGAUCCUCACUCCCCCCCCCCCCCGAAACUAUCAUGUUUAAUUACUUUUGACUAAUCAAGAUAAAUGUCAUUAAAUUCUAGGUUCUAACCUACUAAACUCUUGCAACAAAAAAAAACCGUUUUCUUUUCUUCUUUGUUGAAAUAAAUUUGAGUCUGUCAAGUCUCUACAAAGAAGCCAAGCUCAAGAUAUAAA